UCGCAUCUUCCCCGCGCUCUAUCGCUGUCCCUCUCAAGUCUCACUCUCAGCGAUUUGGCUGAAGAACCGGGACGAGAAUGCUGCAAGCAUGUGAGUGCUGUAUUGAAGCUUGAGGUGGAACUUCACUAUAAAAGAAGUCGAAUUCUGAUUUCUUCUUCUUGACUCUGUGGGACUUGGCUACUAUUAAUAUGGCUGUCGAAGCAUUGAUCACGAAAUUAACGACAAUGAUGACAUCUGAUCAUGCUUCAGUGGUCUCAAUGAACCUAUUCGUGGCACUUCUUUGUGCUUGCAUCGUAAUCGGUCAUUUGCUGGAGGAGAACCGAUGGAUUAACGAAUCCAUCACUGCUCUCGUUAUUGGUCUCUGCACUGGGAUUUUUAUCCUGCUUACGACUGGAGGAAAAAGCUCCCAUAUAUUAGUUUUCAGUGAAGAUCUUUUCUUUAUUUACCUUCUGCCGCCUAUCAUUUUCAAUGCCGGGUUUCAGGUGAAGAAGAAGCAAUUUUUUCGCAAUUUUAUGACAAUCAUGCUUUUUGGUGCAGUUGGCACUUUAAUAUCUUUUGGCAUCAUAUCGCUAGGGGCUAUACACUUUUUCCCAAAAUUGGAUAUUGGAUCCCUGAAGCUCGGAGAUUAUCUGGCAAUUGGAGCAAUAUUUUCAGCAACAGAUUCUGUUUGCACACUGCAGGUGCUUAAUCAGGACGAGACACCUUUAUUGUACAGCCUGGUUUUUGGGGAAGGGGUCGUAAAUGAUGCGACAUCUGUAGUGCUCUUGAAAGCAAUCCAGAACUUUGACCUUUCUCACAUCGACUUGAUUACUGGUUUCCACUUAAUUGGAAAUUUUUUCUACUUAUUUACAGCAAGCACUGUGCUGGGAGUCUUGGCUGGAUUGCUUAGCGCAUUCAUCAUAAAAAAGCUUUAUUUUGGCAGGCAUUCUACGGACCGUGAGGUUGCCCUCAUGAUACUCAUGGCCUACCUUUCAUAUAUGCUAGCGGAACUAUUCAAUUUAAGUGCCAUUCUGACAGUGUUCUUCUGCGGCAUUGUCAUGUCUCACUACACGUGGCAUAAUGUGACUGAAAGUUCAAGAGUUACAACUAAACAUGCUUUUGCGACUUUGUCUCUCAUUGCCGAGAUCUUUAUCUUCCUCUACGUUGGGAUGGAUGCACUGGAUAUAGAGAAGUGGAGGUUUGCCCGUCAAAGCCCUGGAAAAUCAAUCGGGAUCAGUUCAUUGCUAUUGGCACUCAUCCUAGUGGGAAGAGCAGCAUUUGUUUUCCCUCUGUCGUUCUUAGCCAACUUGCCUAAGAAGUCGCAAUCUGGGAAAAUCGAGAUAAAGCAACAAGUGACGAUCUGGUGGGCCGGUCUCAUGCGUGGAGCAGUUUCUAUGGCACUUGCCUAUAAUCAGUUCACCCGGUCAGGCUAUACUAAAUUGCGUGAGAAUGCCAUCAUGAUCACCAGUACCAUCAUAGUUAUACUAUUCAGCACUGUGGUGUUUGGGUUGAUGACCAAGCCACUUGUGAGGCUACUGCUUCCUAUUUCAAAACAUAAGAGUAUCAUACCGUCCCCACCGGGUACUCCCAAAUCGUUCGUGGUGCCACUUCUCGAGAAUGGCCAGGAAUCAGAGGGUAAUGGUGGCACACACAAUGGCCAUCGCCCUAGCAGAUUGCGCUUGCUACUGAGCUUACCUACUAGGGGCGUCCACCAUUAUUGGCGAAAGUUUGAUGAUGCUGUCAUGCGACCUGUUUUCGGUGGGCGGGGUUUUGUGCCCUUUGUUCCUGGCUCACCCCUUGAGCAGAGUGUUCACCAAUGGCAAUAAAUUGAGUUCCUUCGAGGCUCUUCUAAGUAAGGUACAAGAUUGUUGUGUGGAGAACUGGUUUUCGGUGUGCAGUUUUGUUUAAUACCUUUUUCCUUUAAAAAGAAAAAAGAAAAAGAGAAGAAAAAUUACCUCAGUUGAUAUGAAAAGGGAAAGAAAAAUAUGGAGAAAGGAAAACAUGGACAUUUCAAGAAAGGAGUGUGGACAUUAUUUUAUUGGACUGGGUUUUUUGACCUUUGCUUUUACUUUACUGAUUUUUGCUAACAAUUAGAGUGGGUUGCUUGCCUGCAAGUUUUUAACUUGAUUCCUCUAAGGCAAAAUUUUGUAAGCGUAUACAGAUGAUUGAUGAAAGGGUUGCUUUUACAUUCACGUUC